AUUUCAUCUCAACGCUCGAGCAACACAUGCGUACGGAGCAGGGAAGUCUUGUGGGUCGGGAUCACUUGAGCUGGAGAGGCUACUAUGUACCAGUGAAGGCAGUUGUUGAUGGUGAUUUGUGCGAGACGUAUGCUCGGUUGCCAGGGUCGAAGCAGAGUGCGAUUGCUGGAGAACUUGACCGCACAGUGGGAGAGGUGCUCAAAAAGCUGGAGCAGUUGCGUGUGACUGCUAGUGGUUUCUAGGUAUUGUUUGCAGUCAUAUUGUAGACUGAUCAUUGUAUUGUAUUCAAACUGAACUAUUUUUUGUUGUGAUUUAAUCGGAUGAACCACAGUAGAAUGACGUCGCAGCCGAUAAAUACCCCCGUGUGAUCUAAACUCUCACCCGUAUCUUUCCUUCAGUCCCCAUACCAAACCUUUUCAAAAGCCAAAGCAAAGCCAGCAUGCUGAACAUUGGUGCACGUAUCGUAAGCACAUCUCGCGUGCGGGCAAUUCAAGCAACGCGGUCGUACGCAACCAAGGAGGCUGCACCCGUGACCCUCAAGAACCACAAGUACACCGUCCAUGCUACCGCUGCUGGGCAGGGUCGCAAGGGCGAAGUCAACUCAUUCGAUGAGACCCCUUUCUCUCUGCACCUAGCAAUGCCCAAGGCAAUGGGCGGCAAAGGCGAUGGGACGAACCCUGAGCAACUGUUCGCCAUGGGGUAUGCAUCGUGUUUCCUCGGGGCCUUGCAGAUGAUGGCAGGCAAGACGGGAAAGAAGGAUGCCGCAAGGAACGCCGUGAUCCACACGACUGUGCAUCUUGGAGAGGCGGAGGGGCUUGGGGGGUUCGGGUUGGCCGUGGAUAUAAAGGUUGAGGGUGUGGAAGAUGAGGAACUGAUCAAGGCUGGUCACGAGGCUUGUCCCUACAGUCGUGCACUUACGCAUGGCGCAGUUGUAAAUGUUUCUAAGGCAUAGUACACUUUUAGGUCUCUGGUCCGAGGAACCAUCUUCAUAGUUUUCGCAUGACUUGUUAUUCACACUUAUUCCGGUCCUUGAGAACAUCACUGCAUAAUGCACGCUAGU